GCCGAGCCACCUGCGCAGCAGAUUGCAAUGAGAUGCCUGAUCGUCACUCAAGACGCCAGUAUCAUCAUCGGCAAAGGAGGAGCCCAUGUCAACGAUAUCCGAGAAAGAUCGCAUGCUCGCGUCACUGUAUCUGAAUCUAUCCCUGGUAAUCCCGAACGUAUUCUUAAUGUUUCCGGACCUCUCGAUGCCGUGGCAAAGGCUUUUGGCUUGAUCGUCCGACGAAUCAACGAUGAACCCUUCGACGUGGCUUCCGUUCCCGGCUCGAGGGCUGUCACCAUCAAAUUUAUCAUUCCCAACUCUCGCAUGGGUAGCGUCAUCGGCAAGCAAGGCGCCAAGAUCAAGGAAAUCCAAGAGGCGUCCGGCGCCAGGCUCAACGCUAGCGAGUCCAUGCUUCCUGGUUCUACGGAGCGCGUUCUGUCCUGCUCUGGGGUCGCCGAUGCCAUCCACAUCGCCGUAUACUACAUCGGUACCAUUCUUCUAGAGUAUCAGGAGCGGAAUCCCGGCUCGACCUCUGGCGUCUACCGUCAGACGGGAGCGCGGGGUGGGCCUUCUGGGUCGUACGGUGGUGGGGGUUCCGGCGGUGGUGGUGGUGGCGGCGGUGGCGGCGGCGGUGGCGGCGGUGGCGGCGGUGGCGGCAGCGGUGGUCUACCCCCUGGCAUGCAGAUGCAGCAAAUCUUCAUUCCCAAUUCCCUCGUUGGUGCCAUCAUUGGCAAAGGUGGCGCGAAGAUCAACGAAAUCCGUACCCAAUCUCAGUGCCAGAUCCGCGUCACGGACCCUGGUACUCCUGCCGGCCCGGGACAGCCAGUCAACCCAGACGAGCGUCUCGUCACUAUUCAGGGAUUGCCUCAGAACAUUAAUAUUGCCGUUCAAUUGCUCUACGGCCGCCUCGAAGCGGAGAAACAGAAGAUGCAAACUGGGCAGAUGUAGGAUGUGAUCUAAGUUGCGGUGUAAAUUGGGCAUAUGUGAUGUCUGCUUUGAAU